AUGGCAGAAACAAAAACAGAUGGUCCAAGAAUCGAAAUGCUCAAAAAUUUGCAAGUAAAAAUCCCAAUACAAGUGGGCAACCGGAUCCUCCACACACCUUUGCUGGUGUAUUGGGUAUUGCUCAUGCAUCAUCCCCUUCUCAUAGUUUUUUUGGACCUGCUGCUACUGUUUUUCCGCCGCCUGUUCCAUCUUAUAAUGUUGUUCCGCCUGCUCUGCCUUAGCAACAUCCUUUCCUGCCAUCGCCACCUGGUUCAACAGUUGCUGUGCAUCAGCAGCCUUCCAGCUUUGGUCCAUCACCUCUACAAUACCUCGGCCAGCAACACUUGCAGCCACCAGUUGGUCAGCACUCUCAGCUGCACCCUCAAGCUUCUCCACAGCUUCGACAGUCGAGUUACUCCCAACAACAAUCACCCUCGGCUUCUUCUUUUGGGGGUCACCCACAAGCUACACCACCACUUCACAGAUUUAGCAUCGGUGUUUCAGGCUAUGUCAGUUCAACAAACUCCUGACAACAACUUCUACAUGGAUUCCGGGGCGAGCUCGAUAUGUCCUUGUAUUCCGGAUUUUAAAACAGGUGCUUCCAUUCAGCGUUGUGACAGUGUUGGUGAUCUCUACCCUAUUGUCUCGUCUCCUCCUUCAGCUACCACCUAUGUUGCAGUAUCUCUUCCCACGUGGCAUCGGCGUCUUGGCCAUCCUGGCUCCUCUAUCUUAAACUUGGGAAGCAUUGUCGAUUACCUUUCUCAUCUUCUACUACUAAAACUUCUCGUUUAUUUGAAUUAG